AUGUCAGCUGAAGACAUAGAACCUCCACCACCAGCCUAUUUUGUAGAUAGAGAACUACCUUCGUAUGAUGAAGUUGCUGCGAAUAGGGGUUGGAAUUUUGUUAUUCGGAAUGCCGUAACCGGCGCGGGAUUCAAUAUAUUUGUUUCAAAGAAUUCAUAUCAGACAUAUUUAGAAAUGAAUAAAGAGACAAGUGAAGAUGUUGUUAGACAAAAAAUACUUCAGGGACUAGGGAUUCCUAUGUUUCGAGUAACUGGUUCAUUGGGUGCAAUUAAUAUGAAACCCUUAACGUUUAAGAAGUAUGUUCCAGAUAAUGAAAGACCAUUUAAUGUUCAUAAAGAUUAUAAAACAUUCUGUGUAGUUAAGAAAAAGGUUCAUAUUGGCUACAAUAGUUAUGUAUUCCGUUUCACUCCAAAGCCGGAGAAUCCAAAAGAAGAUUUUCAAAUUGUCAUGUUUAGUCAUUCAAUACUACCUAUAAGUGAUUACAUAUACAAUGGAGAAACGCAUAGAUGGGUACAUGAAGACUACCAUCACGUGUAUCAAUAUAGACACACUCGACUAGAAAAGAAUCAGCCAGCUUUGACUGAUACUUGGGACAUGCAUUCAACAAAACUACAUAAGAUUGGUAGUCCCUUCUUUCAAAAUUCAAAAUUUAUGAAUACUUUCAAACGUGAAACUCAUAACACGAGAGAAUUUUAUGGAACAGGUUCCAAAAGUACUCUAAAUAUGACUUCUGUGAAUACUAUAUCUGGAUAUGCCGAGUUGAGAGUAAAAAUCCCCACCUUAAUAUCUAAUACUGAAGAUAUAUCUGAAGUGUCGCUUGAUGAGUUGGUAAAAAUAUGUGUCGCAACCGUACUCAAGUAUGAUAGGGUUUAG